AUUUGGAGAAUUAAGGUUAUUCAGAACUGAAGCUGGAAAUUACUGGUUACCCCAUUAUUGCUACCUGCAAAUAAUCUCAGUUUUGCAGGCCAAGGGUACGCUGAAGUCCCAGAAGAGGAGUGAUUAAAUAUUGCAACCCGAAACAUGUACCUAGAAGAGUAUUUCACAAGAACCGGCUACAAAGGGUCUCUCGAAAAACUUGAUCUGGCCACCCUAACGGCCAUCUUUCAGCACCACAUACGAGCCGUCCCGUUCGAAAACCUCAGCAUCCAUUGUGGAGAAACCAUUACUUUGGACCUGGCCCAGAUUUAUACCAAAAUCGUCAAAAAAAGGCGUGGCGGGUGGUGCAUGGAAAACAACCAGCUCCUGUCCUGGGUUUUGAAGACCUUGGGAUACAACACGACCAUUUUGGGAGCCUAUGUUUACAACCCGCAACUGAACGUCUAUGCUACCCGCAUGACCCACCUCAUUGUGAAGGUGGUCGUGGAUGGAAGAGCCUACAUUGUCGAUGCCGGCUUUGGGGUCUCCUACCAAAUGUGGCAACCGAUGGAGCUGGUUUCCGGCAAAGACCAGCCCCAAACCCCCGGGAUCUUCCGCUUCACUGAAGAUAACGGCAUUUGGUACUAUGAGAAAAUCAGACGGAAGCAAUACAUCCCCAACCAGAGCUUCUCCGACUCAGAUCUACUGGAGAAGAGAGACCGCAGGAACAUCUAUUUGUUCAGCCUGGAGCCCCGAAAAGUGGAAGAUUUUCAAUUCCAGUGCUCCUACCUCCAGACCUCGCCGGAAUCCUUAUUUACAAAGAAAUCGAUUUGCACCCUCCAAACCGUGGAUGGGUUCCGAGCGUUGAUCGGGUGGACACUGUCUGAGACGACCUACAAGUACAAAGAGGACAUGGAUCUGGUGGAAUUCGCGACCCUGAACGACGAGGAGGUGGAAAAAACUCUGCGAGAGAAAUUCAACAUCUGUCUGGAGAGCAAGCUUGUUCCUAUCCACAUCAAAGGAAAAUAUACAAUCUAACAAAGGGGAAAAGGUUUGCAAACAGCCUAAGCCAUUGCUACACGCUUCUUUGCCCACUCAAUCCACGUUUCAACAAAUGACAAAAAAGACAAAAUUCUGAAAUAAAGAACUAAAUAAAAUAAAUAACUGUAUUAACACACUGAUCACAAUCGGCAGAAUAUUGCAUUUUCAGGGGCAUCGACAGCUUCGAAGAUGCAAGCCAACAGGACCACU